AUGUACAUUACAGGUGAUGCGGCUCUUUUUGGCAUAAAUGGCUUCAACAUGCUCCUAGAUGGUGGAUUUUCGAGGAAGGCCUGUUUUUGGGAUUUUGUGAGACAUUUAGAUAGAUUAGACGCUGUGCUUAUGACAAGACUGAAUAAUAGUAAUGUAGGCGGCAUUAGUUCUGUAUUGAGAAGGAAGAAGCAAGAUGCAGUAUACCCCCAAUUAGGACACUUUUUUUGUAAUAUACAGGAACGAAAAUCUCUACUCAGUCCAGAUGGAGAUAAAGAUAAAGAUCCCCUAUUGAUCAACCUAUUGGAUGAAGGUCAAGAAAUCAUAUCGAAUCUACGCCACUUAAAUUUAAAUCCUCAGGUUUGCUACAGAGAUUCCGAGCCUAUUAAUUUGUACCAUAAAGUAGGACAUGGUACACUAGACAUGUACGUCCUCAGUCCGGCCAAAGACUCUAGAGAAGUCAGAGAAUUCCUUCAAAAAUGGAAUCAAAGUGACCAAAAGUUAUUUGCCAAUUCCAAGUCUAGUCGAGAGUUCAAUUUUCCAAUUCAAAAUUUAAUUUCAAUAGCUGCUCUUUUAGUAUGGCAACCAGCUAAUCCGAACGAUACCAUAACAAGAAUAAUGUUUCCCGGAAGUUCUCCUCAGAAUAAAAUAUUUGAAGGACUCGACAGGUUAAAGAAUCUUGAGUUUAUCAAACACUCUGUGUGCACUGAGAGAUCUCUUGUGCCCAUUUCCAUUACCAAAAAGACUGCCAAAGAAACUAUUAUAGAAAAAGUUACUUCCAAGGAGAGGACUCCAGUGGAUAAAAAAGAAAAUAAAAUCAUAGAAAACAAUUUGAUAACUGCAGUGAAUGGCGAUAUCAAAGAGAAAGAGAAAAUUGUAAAAAAAUCUGACUCAACAGAAAGUGAUCGUAGCAUCAAAACUAAAAAAAUUGAAGACCAUAAACUUAUUGAAAACGGCGACAAAUCGUUCAAACCGAAAACAAGAACUGCCAAAUCAAGAAGUGACUCUCAACAGAGGAAGAAAACGGUUGAGAAAAAAGCUUCACCAACAACACCAAAAAAAUCUAUUGAAAACGGAGAAGCAAAAAAACCUACCAAACCAUCACCCAUAGGUACUCCUGCUAAAAGCGCAAAAGACGCUACUAACAGAAAAGUUAUAGAGAGUAAAACGAAACGAGAAGCAAUGGUGAAACCACAGCAACCAACUGAAUCUAAACCAAAAGUGGAGAGAAAGCCAAUAUCUCGUAGGCCAGUUGCCAAAAAAGCACCCAUCAGUCCAGCCAAAAAACUCGUCAGUUCUGUUCAGAAACCAGAUAGUAUUUCAAGGAAAGGUAAGCUCGAUAAGGAAGGAACUACUGAUUCUAGUACAGUCAGCACACCAUCUGCUGAUCAAGACACUGCAUUGAAGAAAGACCUAUCCAAACUAACACCAGAAGAAAUUCAACAACUGAAAGCCCAAGAACUAGCAGAUUUGAAAGAAGAACAAGAAGCAGUCAAGGAAAUUGAAGCAGUUUUCAGAAAAGGUGAAACUUUACCUGCACAAGAUGAAGCUCUAAGGAAGGUUAAAGAUGAAUCAUUGGAUGAAAAAUUAAAUAAAGAGGAAUAUCUCAUAAUAGAAAAGGAGGAGAUCGACCAGGAAUCUCUGAAUGAAACGAAAGAAAAAGAAACGCAAAAAUUAGCCAGAGAUAGUGAAGAAUCAGAAAAGCAGAGAAAACUCAGCACAGAAGACAAAAUCAAAGAUAUAUCUCCUGAAGUGCAAAGAGAGGUUGAUGGUGUCGAAAGCCAAGUUGAGGGCAUGGCUAAGACGAAAGUCGACGUUUCAGAAUCUUGUAAAGUUGCUAGUCUUGAGGAAAAACUGGAUCUGUCGACAGAUAAAAAAACAAACGAGAAGGAAGCUGACGAAGAAAUCAAAGAUGUAAUAGAAUCUCAACCUGACGAAAAAAUUUCUGCAAAUAUUAAAUCAGGAGAUACUACAACAGCACCUACAUUACCUGAGGAUGAACGAAUACCACUAGAUGAAAUAAAGGAAGAUAAUGGACAAAUCGUUGAAGAAAAAUAUGUGAAAGAAGAAACUAAAGAGAAAGAUAUUCCAGUAAUUCAAUUGCCCCAGAAACAAAUAGAUAAUUUUUCUAAAUUACCUGGUUCAGUAGGAAUACGACUUGACAAACAGCAACACAUACGAGAUAUUGUCAAAACUCCUGACGAAGUUGCGGACCUACCGGUUCAUGAGGAAGUUGAUUAUGAGUAUACCCAUGAACUGAAGGCCGAAACUCCAAAGUCCAACGAAAUAUUAGAAAAAGAGUUAGAACAUGACGAGCAUGCAGGUGAUAUGAAAUACAGUAAAGAACAUGAAAAAGAAGUAGAACAGGAGAAGGAUAAAGACGAAGUUGUUCAAGAAUCAACUGAGCAUAUUGGAAAAUCAGCUAUGGCAAAAGAACUCACUGGUUUGGUAGAAACCGUUAAAGUCGGGGAAUCCCCACCAAAAGAAGAUAUAUUAAAAGAAUCCGACCAAGAAUUGAGGAGAAAAGAUUUGACUGGCAAGAGAGAUGACAUAUCUGACAGCAGGCCCGACCAUAUCACUGAUACCCAAAAAGUGCAAAGUGAUGUUGAAACAUUGGCUGAUAAAUUCCUAGAUACGAAAGAAAAAGUAUCGACUUUGGAAACCGUUCAAAACAUUAUCGAAGGUAAGGCUGAAAAACCAAUUGACAUCACCUCUGAAUUGAAGGUGGAAGAAAAAGAAACAAAAGGUGAAGUAGUAGUUACAUCAUUGGAAGAUUUCACUAAGCAUGAGCAUAUCCUCGAUGUUCGAAAACUUCAAAGUAAUAUUGAAAUAGCGGAUGAUAAACCUCUUGACACGAAAGAAAAAAUAUUUAAUUUGGAAACCAUUCAAAAUAUUAUUGAAAGUGAAGUUGAACAGCAAAUUGAAACUACUCCCGAUUUGAGGGCGGCGGUUAAACAAGCAGAAGACGAAAGAAAUGUAGACACAAAGUUGGAAGAUUUGAGUAACAAAGCAGAAAGCAUUUCUAGAGCUAAAGAUGAAAAUGUUACUGAAGCCAAAGAAGUUCAUGUUGAAAUUGAAUCAUCGGCUGAUGGACCUCACGACACGAAAGAAAAAGUAUCUUCAUUGGAAACUGUUAAAAAAAUCAUUGAUAGUGAAACUGAAAAACCAAUUGAAACCACUCCUGAUCUGAAGGCGGAGAUCAAACGAGCAGAACACGAAAAAAGUGAAGACAUAAAGUCAAAGGAUUUUCAUGACUCAGGGGAUAUUAUACUCGAAACUAAGCAUGAGCAUAUCAUUGAUGCCCAAGAAGUACAAAGUAAAAUUGAAACAUUGACUGAUAAACUUAUUGAUAACAAAGAAGAAAUACCGUCUUUGGAAAUGGUUCAGAAAAUUGUCGAGGAUAAAGCAGAACAACCAUUUGAUAUCGUUCCUGAAUUGAACGCUGAGAAAGAAUUAACAGAACACGAAGGAAAAGUAGUUACAAUAUUGAAAGAUUUCAAAGAGAAGGAUGAUAGCAUUCCUGAAACUGAGCAUGAUCAUAAAAUUAAUGUUCAAGAAGUGAAAAGUGAAAUUGAAACAUCGGCAGAUAAAGUCUCUGAUACGAAAGAAAAAGUAUCUCCAUUGGAAACCGUUCAAAAAUGUAUCGAAAGUGGAGUUGAACAACCAAUUGAAACGACCCCUGAUUUGAAGGUGAAGGUCAAACAAGCGGAAGACCAUAUAAGUAUGGACACAAAGUUAGAAGAUUUGAGUGACAAAGCAGAAAGCGUUCCCGAAACUAAAGAUGGACAUGUCACUGAAGCCAAAGAAGUUCCCACUAAAAUUGAAAUAUCUGCUGAUGGACAUUUUGACACGGAAGAAAAAAUAUCUCCAUUGGAAACUGUUCAACAUAUUGUUAGAAGUAAAGUUGAACAACCAGUUGAAACCACUCCUGAUUUGAAGACGAAAGUCAAACAAGAAGAGGGCGACAUAAGUGUAAACAAGAAGUUAGAAGAUUUGAGUGACAUGGGGAAAAGCAUACCCGAUACUAAAGAUGAACAUGUCACUGAAACUAAAGAAGUUCAUGCUAAAAUUGAUGAAUCUCUUGAUAUGAAAGAAAAAAUAUCAUCAUUGGAAACUGUUCAAAAAAUUGUUGAAAGUGGAGUUGAACAACCAAUUGAAACCAGUCUUGAUUUGAAGGCGAAAGUUAAACAAGAAGAAAACGAGAGAAGUGAAGACAAAAAGUUAGAAGAUAUGACUAACAAAGAAAAAGAUAUCUCCGAAACUAAAGGUGAACAUGUCACUGAAGUCAAAGAAGUUCAUGAUAAAAUUGAAACAUCCACUGAUAAACCUCUCGAUACGGAAGAAACAAUGUCUCCAUUGGAAAUCGUUCAAAAAAUGAUAGACAGUGGAGUUGAACAACCAAUUGAAAGUUUCUCUGAUUUGAAGGCGGAGGUCAAACGAACAGAAAACGAAAGGAGUGUUGACAUAAAGUCAGAAGAUUCAAGUGACAAAGCAGAAGGCAUCUCUAAAACUGAAGAUGAACAUGUCACUCAAGCCAAAGUGGUCCAUGUUGAAAUUGAAACAUCAGCAGAUAGACCACUUGAUACGAAAGAAAUUGCAUCUUCAAUGGACACCGUUCGAAAAAUGAUUGAAAGUGACGUUGAACGGUCAAUUGAAACUACUCCUGAAUUGAAGGCGGAGCUCAAACCAGCAGAAGACGAAAGGAAGGCAGAUACAAAGUUUGAACCUAUGGAAGUAGAAGAAAAAAUUGAAUUAGUUAUGGAGAAAAAUAACAAAAACCUGAAAGUCAGUCCACCCGAGUCAGUAGAAGUAAAAAUUGAAGAUGAACAAAAAUAUGAGCAGAUUACUGAGGCACCUACAAUAACUGAAGUUGAGGCAGAAAUUGAACGAAUCGAUAAAGGUCUGUUGAAAGCAACAAAGGAAGGUAGAGAUCACUUAGUUGAACUCGAAGAAAAACUUCAAGGUCUCAAACAAUCUCAAGGGGAAAAUGAAGGAGAGGAAAGUCAUGCAACAAUUAUUAACGGUGAUGAUUCCGCAUUGAUUACGGAAAGCAUCGAAAAAUCCAUCGAAAAGUCAACGGAAGAGAUUAUGGAAGAUUUUAUUCAGAGAGAUAAUAUUGAACAUAGAUUACCAGGAGAUGUAAUCGAAAAGGGAGAACUUGGCAGGAAAUCGCCUAAAGAACGCGAAGAAGAUGUUAUCAAAAUAGUAGCAAGUGUUGCUGAAGUUCUGAAAUCAGAUGCUCCGCUUGAAGAAUUUGAAGGAAAACUUCCGAUAACUACCACUAUUAGUCCUUAUACAACUCCGUUCACAACAGAACUUCGUGAAACUCAUAUCACAACUGUUGAUUCGCCAGUAAUAGAAUAUAAGGUGAUCAAAACGGAUAUCCCAACUAUUCCUGAAGAACCUCAUGUAGCUUCUGCCUCACUUAUAGAAGAAGAAAAAAGAAUAUCGGAAGUAUAUGAUUCAACUCAUCAAAAACUUGAAGAUAAAAGGAGCAGCUUGUUGAAAGAAUCACAAGAAUUGAUGAUGGCUACUUCUAAGAUCAUAUCUGAUAUUAAAUCAGGAAAACCCGAUGAAACGGUUGAAAUAGAGGAGCCCAAAAAAGAAGUUGGAGGGAAAUUCAAAGAAGUUUCAUUAGAUGAUGAAUUCGAAGUCCAGGAAGAGAAAACUGAGGAUGAAGAAAGUGGAACCAUUCACAGAAUGCUGGUUACAGCUUCCAGUGAGGAUGGUGGAGAAGAAAUAGAAAUUUGUCCACCAGGCACUAUAACAUUCCCGAGGAGUUCAGAAAGUUCCGGAAGGAGUUCUCCAGAUCCAUCCCAAAAAGUAUUUCAAAAGUCAUCUUGGGUGGAAACAAUUUCUGAUGCAUCAAUUAUCGUUAAGCAAAUUGGAGAACCAGAAUCUGAAAAACUCUCAGGUCCAGAUGAAGAAGAAAAAGAGAUCAGUCAUCCGAUUACAGUAGCACCUAUUCAAUUAUCAGAAGAUACUAGUUCUUUGGAGAAGAUAAUUACUGGAAAAACGACCCCUGAUGAAAAAUCAGAAGCAUCACAAAAAUCAACUCCGGAUACCUCUGAUCUAGAGAAACUAAAAAAGGAUACUUUCGAUAGCUUAGAUAAAGUUGAUGAUAGGGGUGAAAUUAAAAUGACCCAUACUGAUAAGUGUACUGAAGAGAAACAAGAUCUAACUGGAAAAGAUUUGAAAGAAAAACGUGAAUUAUCAGAAUCUGUGUUGGAUAAAAAGAAAAACAAUGUAGUCGAUUUUAUUGAAGAUACUAUUGAGAGUAGUUCAACAGCUGUGACAAAAUUUCCAAAAUCUAUUUUCAGCGAUGAUAAAUCUGAACAUCUAUCUGAUGUCACUGUUAGCAAAGUAGGUGUCGAGAAAGAAACCACUAUUUUUGGAUCAGAUAAUCAAAAAAUGAGUGAUAGACAUGUGGAAAUAAGUGAGGAUGGAAAACAUAUUGACAUUUCAAAAAGUAUUGAAUCUAUAACAAAACAGGAACCUUUCGAAAAUGUCUCAGAAGUAGAAAGUAUAGUAGAAGGCAUCAAAAAGUCAAUCAAAGAUACUUUCGAUGUUGUAACUGACUAUAUCCUUGGUGAUGAAGAUGACACUGAAAAAUUAAAUGAGGAGAUAUGUGAGGAUGAAACCAAAAAACAGGCUCUCAUUGCAAAGAAGUCUGACGAGCAAACAAUAGAAAAAAAAGAGAUAACGGAACUCAAACCUGCAGAAGAUAUAACAGAAACCAAAAAUGGAGUUCAACAAGUUCAACACCAUGAAACCGAUGAAAUCGUUGAAUCUAUUCAAGAGCCAAAAGGAAAAAUUAAUCUUGAUGUUAUCGAAAAGAUAACUGAUAAAACUGAAGAAGAACUGGAAGUUUUGCUAGAUGAGGAGGUCACAAAAGCAGAAACUACUUCAGUUGAAUUUUCUAUAGACGAAUCAAAAGGUGCGUUGAAGCAUUCUACAGUAAUUGAACAAAUCGGAGUCUUGGAAAAAAAAACGGAAGUUCUCAAACAAACUGAAUCUGAUGUACAAGAUAUGGUAAAAAAAACCGAUGAAAUUACAGAAAAAAUUGUAGGUGAAGUGCCAGAAGAAAUAGAAGUCUCUGAAAGAAUUGAGUCAGAAAUCCUGAAAGAUAGUUUGAAAGAAAAACCCAUUGUUAGUGAGGCACAAGAAAAAGUAAAAAAACAUGAUGAACAAAAAAAAAUGGUCAACGAUAUUCCCGACAAAAUAGAAGGCUUAGAGAAAAGCGAAGUUCUGAAAGAUUCAAGAGAGAAAACAAAAGUGAAUGAUGUACAAGAAAAGGCAUUGUUCGAGCUCGACGAAACCAAGACAGUAGUGCAAAAAUCGAUUGAAGAUAUUUCUGAACAACCUGAUCAGAAAAUUGAUGUUGUGUCAACAACAACAAUAAAACUUGACGAAAUAUUAGAUAGUGAUAAUGAAAAAAUUCCAAGAGUAAUAUCUAACGAGGAUGAUUCAGUUAUUGAAAGAGAUAAGUUGAAAGAACUAUUACAUAGUUUCGAUGAUAUUGCAGAAACUCAUAAAGAAGAGUCAGUGAUCUCACAAGCAGAACAAAAAUCACGUGUAAUAACACCAAAAAUUUCAGAAUCAAUCGAUAUCGAAGGCAAGCCUGUAUCCACAAUUUCCCAACAUGUUCUGCAAACAAAAAGCGAAGAACUGAAGGACAUGACUUGUGAAGUAUCUGAACUAAUUUCAUCAGAACUUGAAAAAACUCAUGAUCAUUUGAGCAGUCUGAAAGAUGAAGUUGAAGAAAUUGUUUCUGACAUUAUUACAGAAACGAAAAAUAUUUCAAAAAAUUUGUUGGAUAAUGUCAAACAUGUAUUUGAGGAAACAACGUAUGCUAUUUCGACACGACCAGAAGAUUCAAAGACUGUGACCGAUUCUAAUGAUGAUGAAUUAUAUAAGGCGGACAAUUUACAGAAAACAGAUGAUGUAUUGAAUGAAGUCAAAGAAGACAUGGCAGAUGCUACUGAAAAAGGUUUAGUAGUUGAAGCAUGUAAAAUUGUUGAGAAAUCUGAUGAAAAGGACCAAGUAAGUCUAGAUCAGAAAAUUCAUGAAACCACAUACCUUACGGAUGGGACUAAAAAAAAUUAUAAAAUGGAAGAUGAGAUCAUUCAGGACUGUCAACCAAGUGAAAGUCGAAUAGAAAAGUUCAAAGAUGUUGACUGGGUAGUUGAACAAGUCAUUCAGGAUGAAUCACAAAAGGGUAAAGAAACUUCUGAUAUACAAAAGGAAACGUCAUGUGAAGUUUCAGAUAUUGUUUCACCAAAAUCGGUGACAAUCAGGGAUACGAAAAUAAUUGAUGAGUUUAUCACUGACACCACAAGCCAGGCGAAAGAAUCUGUUGUAUCUUAUCAAAAAGAAAAAACAGAUGAUCAUUCAAUGGAAUCGAAAGAUUAUAUUGAGUCACAAAAAGAAAUGCUAAGUACUUUGGGGGACGAAACCGUCGACAAACUAUCAACAGCUAUUUUGGAACAACCAAAAGAUGAUGAGAAACUUGGAACAAUUCCAUCUAAAAUAACAUCUGAACUAGAUAAAGGUUCUGAAAAACAAAUGAAAGAUGAUACUGUCCAAAACUUUGAGACAAAAGUUGACGAAACGAUCGCAACUGACACAUUCGCUGCAUCUCAAGCUUCUAAGAGAGGUGAAGAUAGCGUAAUAUCAGAAAUGCAUAAAACGGUGGUGGAUGAUAAGUUUACACCAUCUGAUGGCAUCGAGGAGGCAAAGAAGCAGGAAACUGAAAAGUUUGGGGAUAUGGAAAAAGAAAUGAAAUUGGAUUCACAAUCAGAAACAAAAAAGGUGGAGACUGCCAUUGGAUUGACAAAACAAAAAUCCGAAGAAAAAAGUGAAACUAGGGAGUUGACAUACAGUCAGAAAAUACUUUCUGGAGAAGAUACAAUAAAAGAAAAAUCACUACAAGGAAAAGAAUCAAAACCAUGUGAUGAAAGUGAAAAUAUCGAUGCAGCACAAAUAGAACAUAGUUCAUCAGUCAAAGUAGAAGAAGUACCAAUAACUGAUAUAAAAAUUGACGAAGCAGAAAAAAAAGUUUACAUGAGAACUAGUGAUUCGGUAGAAAUGAAAAAAUCACUUCAUGAUGCUACCGAAAUACCUAUUAUCAAGAAAGAAGAGAAACGUAGGGAAUCUGAUGAAAAUAAUACACCAGUUGAUAUAGUUACAGUUCAAGGAGAAAUGAAAAUUUCAUCAAAAUCGAGAGAAUCUGGUACAUCCGAAUCAGCACAAUCAAUUAUUUCUACAUUUUCUGAAGCAUCUGCUGAUUCUGAUAAAGACACAAUAAAAAGCCAUGAAGGUGUUGAUGAAUACGAAGAUUCAAUUGAGAAAGGGGAGAAACAGUUAGACACUGUUGGAGAUGUAAAAAAACUCACAGAAUUAACAGACUAUGAGUCAAAAACAGUAAUUGAAUCUUCAGAUAUAAAAAAAUCUACAAAAGAAAAGGACUCCGAUACAUCUCAUAAAUCACAAGGUGAAAGUGAUGUUCACAAAAAGAAACUAAGUGAAAUAGAAAUGUCUGACACUUCAGAAUUAAUGAAGGAAGACUCUGCACUUUGUAAAGAAAAGUCAUCAAUCGACAAACAUACUGAGACACCUGAAGAACUAAUUGAAAAGUCACUUCAACUAGAAAAAUCGUCACAUAAAAAGUCCGAACAAGAUCACGAAGUGAGUUCUGAUUCAAUGAAAGAUAUGACGCAGUCUCUCAUUCUCGCACCAAGUCAAAUUGAGUCCCAAAUCGAAUUGGACGAAAAAAAAACUGAAAGUUUGCUAGAAAGUAAAGAAUUAGUUAUUGAUGAAUCUACGAGAACUUUGAAAGAAAAACAACACGAGAAAACUGAUAAAGAGAAAGAUAUUGACGAAAUCGAAAAAUCAGACUCUACAGAACAGGGUGCAAUUGUUGCGGGAAAAACAUUCGAAACAACUCAACAGUCAUCAAAAUGUGUCACCUCUGAAUCACGCGAAUUGAAAGAGACAAAGGAGUUCGAUGAAUUCGAGCACACAAAAGUUUUGAAAGAUGAUCUACUUCCCAAACCUCUUACCGAAACAGGUAUCUCUAGAGAUGAGAAAGAUCAACAAGAUCUGAUGAAACAGGAACAUCUUUCUAAACAUUCAGAUGAUGAAUCUUCAAAGGCAACCGAACAUAUUGAGGCAGUUAGUUCGCUGGAAAAAACUCCUCAUGGGAUAUUUAAGGGAGAUUUGGUCAAAAUUGAAGGAGCAAAUUUGGAUGAGGUAACGAAAAAUGAUAUUUUGGAACAAUCAGCAAAAGAUCUAGAACACACUUUCGAAACGAUAGAGGAUAUGUCGAAAUCUGUGAUUUUCGAAACUUGCAAAAUGGCUGAUAGUAAAAUGGUAGAGGAUGGCACGAAAACAAAAAGCGUAGAAACAAUUGUAGUUGGAGAUAAAACCUCAGAAGGCAUUAGCGAAUCGGUUGUUUCUGAAACAUGUGAAAUGACCAGACUGGAAACUUCAAAUAAUCUUUUGAACGGUCAUUUCGAAAAAUCUGAUACUGAAAGAGAACAUUUGUCUGAAUCGACCCUUCAUAAAACUACUGAUAAAAGAAGAGCUGACUUUGAAGAAUCUGAGAAAGUUUAUGGCGAUGGCGAGUUGGAGGAAACACUUCAGGAUGAAUCAGCCAAAUAUUUGGAAGAUGACAUUGAAACUGUAACAGAUCCCGAAAUAACUCGUGAGUUAUCGGUAGAUUUGCAGAAAGAAAAAUCUGAUGCUGAUAAAACCGUUGACGUAAGUCUAUUUAUGAAACAAGAAGAUCUAGUUCAGAAAAAUAAAGACGACCGUUUGGAAGGAGUUUCUGUGGUUCCUCAAAAGUCCACUAAAAUAUUUUCAGAAAGUGAAGAGAAAUGUGAUGUCGAGAAAGAAGUUGAACACGAUACAAUAACAGGUGAAAGUGGAAAAGAACAAGAGUUGAAAUCUGCAAAGUCUUCAAUAGCUAUUGACGAAUCUAUCCAAUACUUGCCCCAGUCGAGAGAUUCUGCAAUCGUAGAUGACACAGGAAAGAAAAUUGAACAUGAAAACACUGAUGCUGAAAAACAAGUCGAUGAUGGAAACAAUUCAAGAAAAGUAGGAUGGGAAACAACUGGGGAAAUAUGUAAAAAAAUUGAGGAAAAAACUGAUCCUGAUAAAAAAAUGCCAGAAACAAUACCAGGACAUGCAGUCUCACUUAUGGAGAAGCCAUCCAAAAAUUUUGAAGAUGGGACUGAAGCAUUUUCACAUACUCCUAUGGAAGAGGUCUCUGGAGACUCUCAGAAAAUAUCAAUAGAUUCUCUUGAUCAUGAAAAAUGUGAUGCCGAAAAAGAAUUUACAGUAGAUGAUUUAUCAAAACCGUCCAAGCAAAUUUGUGACAAAAAGUCGGAUCUUGAAAAGAAUAUUGAAACAAAAGUUGACUCUAACGGCAAGACAGAAAAAGUCGCAAUUACACUCGAAAAAACUGCCAAAGAUCUCGAAGAAACAUUCGAAACAAUGACCGAUAUGUCAAGAUCUGUUAUUUUCGAAACUAGUGAAAGUGGAGGGAGCAAAACGUCAAUAACUGAUGAGUUAACUGAGAAAUCUAAUACUGUUGAUGUCCAUGAAAAACAAGAUACAAUUGAAAAAUAUCUUGGUGCGGAAAAAGUCACAUCUACAUCCAUAGGUAUCAGCAAGCCCAUUUCAGAAACAUCUGAUGAUCAAGAGCAAUACUCAAAACAUAUACAGCUUAGCCAAGAAUGUUCAGAUUCUCACAAGGAGGAACAUAAGAUAUCACAAGAAAUGAAAUCUGACCAACCUGCCAAAACUUUUGCAUUCGAGAAGAGCGAUGAGGAAACUAUGGAAAAGUGUGAUAGAGAUUCGACUCAAUCAGUUUUUGCAGGAAUUGAGGAACGUUUGGAAAAAUCUGAAUCCACGCGAGCUGGGCCCUCCAUUUCAGAAAAGCCAAUAACUGAUUCAGAAAGCGAUAAAGAGUCCCAAGAAACUCUUCUCCAUGAAAAACAUAUCCCUGGGGCUAUCACACCUCCCACUGUUCCUGUGAGUCCCAAUAUAUUGGAGGAAACUACAAAACUAACUGUAGGUUCACAAGUUUCGAUGAGAGAAGUUGAUGUAAGAAGUGUUACGCCCGUAAGUGAUGAUUCUGAAAUUAUAGGUUCAACUCAGACUGACAUAUCAGAACGUACAUCCAAAGUUCUUUUAGAUAAGGAAAGUGAUGAUGAAGAUCAACUGAGCAUUAUGUCACAAGUUGCGCAUUCAAGAGACUCUUCUCACUGCGAAUUUGAUGAUGAUUUCAGAAGGGUUGAUCCUAUGAGUAUGUCUAUGUACGGAUCUUUACCUGGAGAAACGAGUACUGAACAAGAGGUAGAGCCAAGUUAUUUGUUUGAAAUCACAAGGGCUAAAUACCCCACACCUUCUGUAGAUAAGACUGAUGAAAAAUUGACUGAAAGUACUGAUGAGACUAAAUCCGAAUCGACCCAUAUUAGUGAAACGUCUUCUUCUUCAGUGAGCCAAGAAAAAAAAGACCCAGUUGCAUCUUGGGGUAAACCAUUAGGGUUACCAGCUCCUACGUAUUUAUACGAGAUUACACAAGCCAAAUUUUCUACACCUAGGUACGAUAUCAACGAAGAUAGAUCUUGUCAAACGGGGACAGUGAUACAAAGUGGAAGUGAAGACCGAGAUGGAUAUCGUUUUGGAUCUCAACCUACAGACAUGAUGACUGCUAGUUUUUAUGGUGAUUUACCUAGUGACGAAAAAGAUCCUCUUUCAGCUUGGGGAAAACCUCUUGGUCUGCCAAGUCCCGCCCCACCAAAUGACAAUAAGGGAACUCCAAAAAAAGAACGAAAACUUCCACCAAAUGUAACAGCCAAGAAUAAAUUGAACGACGAUAGAAAAAGGGCUGAAUCGCCGUCGAAAUACAACAAGAAUAAAAAAAUUGUUCCAGUUUACGUUGACCUCACCUACGUCCCUCAUCAUGGCAAUACGAACUAUUCCUACGUAGAUUUCUUCAGAAGAAUACGGGCGAGAUAUUACGUGUUUUCCGGAAUAGAACCUAGUCGGGAUGUAUAUAAUGCUUUGCUGGAAGCCAAACAGACUUGGGAAGAUAAAGACUUGGAAGUCACCAUCAUUCCCACAUACGAUACCGAUAUAUUGGGAUAUUGGGUGGCAGAGAACGAAGAAAUGUUAACAAAAUAUAAAAUAGACUUAUCCCCUUCUGCAUCUCGUUGUACUAUCAACUUACAGGACCAUGAAACAUCAUGUAGUGCAUAUAGGUUGGAAUUCUAAAAGACUCCUGUGAACCCAUAUAUUUUAUUUUCUUAGCAAUAAACAAUGUACAACCGCAUCAUAUUUUACCGAUUUGAAAAAAUGGUUUUGUCUCACGUAUUUAGUCGUCCAUUUUGGUGUCGACUCAAGAAACCAACACGUUAAAUCUAUAUCUUCCUGAAAAAGUACCUCUAGUUGCAGUCUUCUAACCAACUCGUAGCUAAGAAUUAGGAACACGUUCAAGCUUGAAGAAAAAUUUCGAUCGAAUUAGGAGUUCCUUAAUAUUUCUCAAAACCUAAUGAAUGUUAAUGAUUUUUCAAAUAUUUAUUCAAAAUUAUUCUUCCUUUGUGAAGAAUAAUGUUGAUUAUUUCAAAGUUUAUCGAAAUCUCAAGUAAGACGUAAUCGCCGUCAAAUUAUAUGUGAAAUGAUAGAAUAGGUAACUAAGAUUUCAAAUAGCUGCCAACAUCUCGGCUAGAUUUGCAAGAAAUAAUUAUUUAGCUCAGCAUUAACUAACUUGGUUUCAAGAGGACAAUCUAGAGAUCUCGUAUAUUUAUUUGUAGGCGAAUAAAUUUUUUCGGAUCCGUUUCAGUAAUUUAACCAAAUAGAAAAGCCUCAUUUUUUUGAUAUUUCGCCAAAUGCCAUUGCUGAAAUGCUACAUAAUUAUUUCGUGUAUGCUUUAUAUGUGUUAAGAAUAAACGAUUAUAUCAUUUGUGAUAUAAUAUAAUUUUUGUUAGCUAAAGAAUGGUGGGAAGGACGGAAGGUACUUAGGCCUUUUGAUUUUUCUAUAGUUAUAGUUUAUUUGCAGUUUUGUACCGAUCACGCUUUUUCACGAUAUGCCAAAGAUAUUGUUUUUGCAUAAAACGUAUUUAUUGCAUGAAUCCAAUAUACUCACAGUCAUUUUUAUCUGAAUGUUAGAGACUUAUUUUAUUUUCUAAUGGGGCCUACAAGUCACGGUGUUAUUUGUGUGAUAAAUUUUAGCAACUUAAAUUACUUUAGAAUUAAUUACUGAGCCUACCUUUUUGAGUUCAGUUUAUAAAAUAUAUACCAAAUUCUCAGAACAUGUCCGUUAUACAAUGUCGUUCGAGUCCAGAAAACGUAAAUCACCCGAAGGGGCCAAAUGUUUCUGACGAAUAUAACCUGGACUCAAAAAACACAAGAAUAUUCAAAAAAAUUGAGCUUCGUACUAUAAGUACACGAAACUAUUAUUGUUAACUAUAUAUGUAAGAUUGGUGCUAUAAAAGAAAUGCCUUCGUAUGGAUUUCGAGUUUGAUUUAUCAUGUGCUCCAUCUGAAAAGGCAAAUUGAGACACGAUUCAUGUUUGAUCAGUUAAGAGUAUACCCAACACCAUUUUAAAUUCGUUCACUGAAUCUGCUAAUCACCUGAAAAUAUAUGAGUUAUAACUUUACUUUCCAUCAGCUGAGUUUAGUUGAACGCACAUAUAGAUGAAGUGACUAUAUAAAAUUGUGUUGGUUAUAUUUCGUGAAAAAGUCACUUUAUAUUUAUGUUGAAAAGAUCAUACCAUCUAAGUAUUUAUGUGCAGUUUCACUUGAAUUACUCUAAUAUAAUUAAAUAGCUUCUAGUCAAAAAAAAUCUGAUAUCUUUUAGCUUAAAAUGUUGAAGAGUUACAUAUAUUCAAAACGCAAUUAAUGUAUGGGAUAUGUAUGAGAAUAUGAAAUAAAAAUUUUAAAAAGUA